GACUACAGAGUUGCUGUCGCUGGUCAUCUUCCUUACAUCCAUUCCACAAAUUUGGUGUUAUUUCUAUGGAUAUUAUUACUAUCUGAUUCUUAUUAAUAUGAUCUUUUAUAAUAUUCAACAUAUAUAUGGAAGAAUCAAGUAGUGAUUCACAGUCUCGUUGUCCUUGUGGUUUUUGGGGGUGAGUUGUUUCUUUAUAAAUGUAUUUGAGCGAAUGAUUAUCAACUUGCAUUAUUGUAAGUUAAAAAAGAAAAAAAAAGCUACUUCCCAGAUUCUGUGUUGUAGGUGGCGAAAAUGGCGACAGACAAGCCAGUUCAGAAACUCAAAAAUAGUUAUUAUAGUCAUUAGGCCCUAUUGUUGUAACGGAACCCUUUCACCAAUUAUUUCAUGUAGGCCUCUGCCUAUAGCCUACAUAGUGUAUAUUUAAUGUGCAGUUCAAAAAUUAAAAAAUAAAUAACUAAAUAAUAUCACAAAAUAACCACAAAUCUAUAGAUUAUAGUCUUGUCAAUUGUAUUGUACACUGUUUAUCGACAAUGACUGAAACUGAAGAAGGUUGAAAUAGUUUAUUAAAUUGCUUAAUUGGCUUAUUAAUUAUUAAAUCCAAACAUUAAUGAAUAAUUAAAUCCUUUUCCUUUGAUUUCAAUGUAGACUUGAAAUUGAAAGUAUGUUAGUGUUAGGUUAAUACUUGUUGACUGUUGACAAAUGUUGACUAAGCCAACUUAUCCAAGUUAUUAAGUUUGCCUACUAAUUACUUGACUGCAUAAAACUACUAGUACUAGCACUAGUAACAAUGGCUCAUGAGCAUAGCAUAGUAGUAAAAACCUACAAAAAGUUCAAAACUCAGGUGAUAGGUUAGUUCUAAAAGGCAAAAAAACAUGAUCAUGUCACUCCACUCCUCUAAACUCACUUCACUGGCUCCCUUUUCUACAAGCACGCAUUAAUUAUGAACUCUUUGUUCACUGCCACAACUUUUUCUUGGAUUCAUACCCUUCCUAUCCAGGGGUGGACUGGGGAGUUCAAGCGGCCCGGGGAAAAAUCAAAGCGGCCCAGGAAAAAAACAAAAAGCGGCUCUAUCUUCAUGACUUUUAUUUUUAUUAUACCACCGGUCCUAGCGGUCCAUCGGGAAUCUUCCCGAUGUCCCGACGGCCCAGUCCACCCCUGUUCCUAUCUAACCGAACUUCUUUCUGUCUAUUGACCCUUUCAACAGACACGCAUAUUCUUUCUGUUCCCAAGACAUGCAUUAAAACAUACGCUGAACGAUCUUUCUCUCUCUGCAUCCCUAAAAAUCCCACUACACAUCCUUAAGAUACCGACCACCCAGGCCUUUUAAACUGCACUCAAGACACAUCUUUUCAAACCCCACUAUCCCGACUGAUUCCCACCCCCUCUGACUGAUAAAUGAUGCUACUAAGUGCCGUCCAUAGUUGACAUGUAAAUACCUCUGGGGUUGGUGGGGUGAAUAUAUAUUUUUUUUGUUUUUAUACAGCUGUUUUUUAAUUAAAUUAAUGUAUACAAUUUUUUUAAUGUCAUGAUUAUGUUUGCUAAUUUUUUAUGUGCAGCGCUGUGAGGCCGGGCUACCUCGCUAUAUAAGACCACUGUAAUAAUAAUAAUAGUAGUAGUGAUAAGUCUUUACAAGAGAAUUAAGUGAAAUAUUAACGUGCACUCAAUGAUUCACUUAUUAUUACUAGAUAUUACACUAGAUAGGUGACUAAUCGUUUGAUGAUUUCUAAGUAGGCUUAAAACUGAAAAUAAUGAUGCUAGUACUAAAUUUUAAGUACUAGGCCAAAAAAGACAAUGAUAAUGCAAAUAUUAUAAUACUUUAGCAUAGACUUUAUUGAAAGUAUUGCCCGGCAACACCAAAAAAUCACAUAUUGUAAUUUCAUUGACAAAAUGACAACCUCCACUUUUUAAUUUACCGAGGGUAUUGUUGUUUCACCUUUUAUAGUCGAUUUUUAGCAUAAUAAAUUCUCCAUCCGCCAAUUACUUAAAACUGACAUCUUGCUUGUUCUAUUGAGAAUGGAUUUUUUUUUUUUUUUUGGAGGAUAAAGCUUUGAAUUUUGAAGUUAAAAAAUGGGUAAACUUUACUAAUCAUUGAUCAAUAACAUAUUUUUAAACUCUGUUUGAAAGAUAAAAAAAAAAGUUUCUCUAAUUUAUAAUGUCAUUUAUAACAUGUCCAAAAUUCCUGAAUGUACACCAUAGGCCAGGGUCAAAAAUAGAAAUUAAAGAGGUCACUUUUUAGGCUAUGAGAUUUGUCAUCAUGGUGACUAUGCUUGUCUGCAUAUGUCCUAUUACCGUUGGCAGCUGUGAGGUAGUUUACAAAAAAUUUGUUAUCCAGAAUAUAAAUGGGAAAUUUAACUAAUAAUAAAUAGUUUUAAAUAUACUUUUUUUUUAUAGCAUGCAUAAUUAUUUUUGGCUUAUCAGUGAUCAGUGGUUUUAAUUAUAGGGUUGGUUGUUAAGGACAUGUGAUUGAUAACAUAGCUAGAUUGUAAUUAUAUAUAUAAAAUUGGUAACCUGUCCUUUAUGACUUAAUUUAUCUUAUUUAUCUCUUUUUUACCACAUUUAAAUUAUUAACAACAUUAAUGUGACAUUAAAUUGCUGCAAUAACUUAAAAUAUACUGCAUUCAAAGGAUCAAGAUUAUUAUUUUUAUCUGGAAAAGGGGGAGGGGUGUUUGAGGGGAUGCUAAGUAUUUAAAGAGAUGUUUAUUAUCGUCUCUUAUCCAUCUUUAUUUACUAGGCAUUAGAAAUGAAUGCACCGGCAACAUAGCUGGUAGAAGAGUGGGGCAACAUAGCUGUUAGAAAAGUGGGGCAACAUCGCUGGUUCUCAAAGUGGACAAGGCAUUCAGGGGGCGGUGGAAUGCGUGUCCGGAAAUUUGUUUGAAAGAAAUUUUGUCGAUGGAAAAUUGAUAGACGUAAAUUUGUUUGAACAGAAAUUUGGUGGAAACUUUUUUUCAGAUCUCACGAUCAAAUUUUGCGAAAAUUUCUUUUUGAACGCAUUAUUUUAUUUUACUAAAUAGUAUAGUGGAUUCAAAAAGAAAUUUGAUGCAAAAUUUGAUUGUGUGAACUGAAGAAAAAAAAAAUUGGGCCAAACUCCCGCUCGAUUAAAUUUUCGUUGUUCAAUUUUCGGUCGACAAAAUUUCUUUCAAACAAAUUUCCGGUAACCGGUGAAAUGGCCUAAGGGGGUGGUAAAAUGCUCAAUAGAUUUAGGGAGAUGACUGGAUAGUAGGCUAUACCUUAUUUAAGGCAUAUCUUUAAAAAAUAAGUCCAUAUGUUUUCAGUUAUACACAACUAAGAUGACUACCAAAGGGGGAAGUAGUGGUGAAUUAUAUCAGUUUUUAAAUUAUUUUCUUUAAAAUCAAAAUUAUAAGUUAAUUUAAAAAAAAAAGAUAAAUGCUAUUUUGAUUGUCAACAUUGAAAUAGAGUGGUGGAUAAAAACUGGUCAGACUGUACAUUUUCUUUUUUGACACACCAUGAAGAACCUUUCAUCCUUCAAAGUGGUUAUUAACAAGACAUGUUUACUCUGCAAGACCAAAUAAACAUAUAACAGUAGUAAAUGCACUUCAAAGAGGAGCUGCCAAGAUGUUAUUUUUAACUCAGUCACUGGAUGCUUAGGAAGAGGGGGAGAAAGGGGUAGUCUGCCAUGGGUGACAUUUUUUGGGGGACAGCAUUUUCAGUCCACAUUACUUUUCAUAUCAAAAUUAACUCUGUUCAUGUAGGAUGAUCAGUUAAAGGCAUGUUUUGUAUGGAUUAUGAUGUAGUUUCUAAGGGAGCAGGAUUGCAUCUUUUAUCCCAUCGAGUCAUUCAAAUUUUAAUUUUGCUAUAAAUUAUUUAAUAAUGGAGUCAUGUGACAGUAACAGUCAAGGGGCAUUAGCAUUGGUAUUUAGACAUUGUGUUAUGACAACUUCAUCGCCGACUAUUUUAUAUUGAAGAGAACAGUGUAAUAGUUUCUAUGCUUAGACAUUAUCUAAACAAAUCAGGAAAAAAUAACUAGAUAAUGUCAUUUGUUGCCCAUUAUUUACCUGUAUACUUCCCCAGACAGGUGCAAAAAUAUUUUUAAUCAAUGUGUGUACUACAGAAGUGCUUUAACAACAUUGAAAACUGGCUUUAAUGCUUGAAAAUGGCAUUAAAAUAGAUUUUUUAAAAUUGUUAACAAUACCAUCAGUAUGAUAUGAUAAUGUUAAUGAAUUUCUUUUUUAAAGUCUGUGGGAUUGAAAUAACAAUCUUUACUAUAUCUUGUUAAAAGACAAAGCCAACGAUUCUUACAAUAUGCAAAAAUGAUUAAGUUGGAUCUUGCAUAAUAAAUUUGAUAAAAUUAGCACCAUCAAUUAAAUUUUUUUUCAUAUGACAUUUAUAGCCAAAAUCUUUUAAUGUUUAAUUUGCAAUAUGUGGCAUUUAUCUAAAGCAUUGCUAACCCUUGCAUUCAUUAUGUACUAAAAGUACAUACCAAAACACCAUUCUUUGAUUUUUAAACAGAAUUUUAGUUUUAAAAAUUUUGAAUAAUUUACAGAUAUUUAAGGGCACUUCUUAGAUAUUGUGGUAAAGAUUACAUUUUUUAUAUUUUUUUUAAAGAUAAUAUGUAAUAAUAAACAAUUUAAAAAAUUUCCCCAGGUCAGCUAAAACUUUAGGCCUCUGUUCAAUUUGCUACAGAAAAGGUGAAUUAUUUUUUAGUAUUAUAUUUAUAAUUCACUGUUAUUUUAUUAACCAUUAUGGAACAAAAAUCAAUUUUCAAAAAGCCAGAGAUCUGCCUAUAUUUACAAUUACAUUUUUUUAGUGGUGGUUUCCACAUAACAAUCCACAUUAUAAAUUUUGUAAUAACAAUCAUUGGCUAUAUCAAAUAAACAAAUUAAAAUAAAAAUUAUUUAAGUUUGAUGAUGUGAAUCAGUUUUAUUUUGAAAAGAAGGGAUUUUCCUUUUUUUAAAAAAUUGUUGCAGCACAAUUUAUAACAUUUUCAAAUUAAAAUGUAUAUUCUUAUUCUUUCUUCAGCACAUAGAGGUCAGACUCAAGGAACUUCACACUCUUUUGGUAAGUAUUUUAACGAGAUUGAAAUGUCAAAAUGGUUUUGUGUAUGCAAAGGGAAGUCAUUAAAUAAAAAUCUCCCGCUUUGCUUGGUUUAUGCUUCUAUGAAACCCAAUAAUUGACUAUUGAAGGUCAAAUAUAUAAAAAUGGGGAGACACUUUUUCUGGUUUAGAACAGUAUCUCAUGAAGACAGGCUCAAUUAAUGUCCAACAAAUAGACUGGGAGAAAUUAUUUAUAAAUAUCAAGUAAUAUUUACAUUAGUUAUUUUGCUCAUUUCUUUCAUUUAACUUAUUUUAAUUUUAAAACUUGUAUGGGAUAUUGAUGUAGAGGGUGGGUGCAGGGGCGAAGAAGGGUCAUCCACAGACCUGUUUACCCCCAAACUCUCAAAAUCGUACAAUGUCAUCACAAAAUCGUUCAAUACAUUAGCUUGAUAGUAAAAAAAUAAACAUGCCGUAUGUAUAAUGUAUACACCUCAAAAUCAUACAUUGUAAGCCAAAAUCGUAAGAGUAAACAGGUCUGGUCAUCCAUCUUAAAUUAUAAUUAUGAUAAGGUUUGAGAAAAGGAUAAUACUUUUUUUUCUCAUGUAAAUUGAACACUUGUGUUGGUUAUUUAAUAGUUUAUGAUUUUAAAAAAGUAUGGCAAUAUCCUUUCCUGGCUGAAUUUAAGCUGUAGUCUUUAUAUUAAUAAAUUAUAUUUUAAAAACAAAAUUGAAUCUUGUGUAACUUAUUUUAUCAGAUGGUGGAAAGGCUGCUGUUGGGAACUGCCAUAAUCAGUCUCAGAAUAGCAGUCAGGGGAAAAGGAUGGAUUCCAAACCUUUCCCAUCACGGUCUACUACUGACAACUUGGCCAGCUCUUUGAGUGCACCACCAAGUGAAAGAGCAGCCUUAUCAGCUUCCACAUCAUCAUCCAUUGAUGCAACUACUUCAACAACAAGUGGUACUACUACAACACCUGCACAUAUUUCCACAGUUAUGAGUGGUGCAGUUGGAGGAGGAGAUAUAGGCUCUUCCGGAACGUCUAUGGUGAAACCUUCUUGUGAGCCAUUGCCAGAUCCUAGUGAUACUGACACAUGUAGCUCUGCAUCGAGUGACCAGUCAUAUGAUAUUAAGCAUGAUGCUGGUUAUUGUCAAUCUGACUCUUGCUCCAGCCUGAAUUCAGUGGUAAGCAGUAUUGCAGCUACAUAUUCUUCAAAUACAUCUCUCAUCAGUGCUGGAGAUCACAUGGUAGUGGGAAGCCAGGUUUCUUCUAUUUGUGGAAUACAAAGUUCUGCAAAUGACUCAAAAUCUUCCACUCAAACAUCUAGUUCUCCUAGUAUAUCUGGCACUAGUGUGGACCUAAAUAGCAAAGUAGCUUCCCAUAAAAACUCUGCAGAUAGAAACAAAGAAAGGGGAGAAAAAAUGACUGAUAGUUUACUCUCUAAUGACAAAAACUCCCAAGCUUCAUCCUCAGCUAAUAAUCAGCCUUUGUCAGUUACAAGUGGGAGCAUAGAGAAAUCUUCAGCAGUAAACAGUUUAUCUUUAACUGCACACAAGGGUAUCAAAAGGUGAGACAGUUAUGAAUUUAAUAUCUGUAUUCCUCUAAAAUAAAGUAUUUAGUGGUACAUAACAUGUAUGGGAUUUGCUGGAUUUUGAAAGUAAUUAAACACUUUUCAUUCAAAAAGUUUAUCUAGGAAAAGAAAAAAAACAAAAAAAACAUGCAACUUUAACCCAACACAGUGUUAAAAGUUUAUUACAAACAGAGGUGUUAGCACAGAUGUCCCUGGGCACCAGCAGACUUGUUGGGAGAGCCAAUUAGGGCUUUGAUGGUAUUUUAUUGAUGAAAAUAAUGUGUUUCAGAUGGGUGGGGGGUGUUUAAAAUUAUCUCGUCCUGUGUGCCAAACACUCCAGCUAUGCUUUUGAUGACAAAUAACAUUGAAUAACUUUUUAAGACAAGAUAUUUUAUUCCUAUUUUUAGAAUGCAUAUAUAAAGGUUACUGGAAAUUUGAUAGAAAGAAAUUUCGGCGACGGAAAAUUGAUCGAAUGAAAAUUUGGUCGAAUUUUUUUUUCAUUCCACAUGUUAAAAUUUUCGUCAAAUUUCUUUUUGAACGCGCUAUGCUAAAUAGUAAAACAAAAUAAUGCAUUAUUAUAUAUAUAUAUAUAUAUAUAAAUAUGUAGGUAUUUAACUUUUUUAAAUUAAAAAAUGCUCAAUAAACUAAUUAUAUUAUUUCUAGUUAUACGAGAAGGAAUUAUUUUAAUGUACUUUAUAAAAAAUGUAAACAAAUGUAGUAUAGUCAUAUUUUACUGAUAAAAAUAAAUUAGACUGAUCAAUGUAAAUAAUAUAAAUAAUUUUAAAAUUCAAGGUGCUUCAAAUAAGAUGAAAAUGCAAAUUUUUACAAAAAAUAUUAAAUUUCUGAAAUUUCAAAUGACCCCAGGCAUAUUGACAGGCGACCCACUGGUAUAGAGGGAUACUCAAUUACUUAGAGAAACUAUAUGCAUUUCGCAACCCUGGCUUUAUCAGUUUGAUAUUGCAGAUGUGGCUGAGUAACUGCAAAUUUACAAAGUUUCAUGCCUAGUCAUUCUAGUUCAUUUACAAAUGAAUUAGAUUGACAUGAAACAGUUGUUCUCAAUUUCAUUUUUCAGAAAUAAAAUUAUUAAGCCAAUUUUUAAUUAUAUCUCUUUUUUGCAUAUUGCAUUACUGAAUUUCACCAUGAUUUUUAAAUAUUUUUUUAAUAAGAAUUUGAUGGGGAAAAAAUUAACAUUGGUUUUAUUUGGUAAGUAGCAGUUUUCAUUAAAUUAACUGUUCAAAUGUUGAGCUUUAAUGACGCAUUCUAAUAUGUAUUUUAAAAAUACAUUUUAUUUUUAAAAAAUCUUUAUCUUUUGUUUAAGACCUCAUACAAGCUAGAGAUAAAAUAAGGGAAAAUGUAAAUUUACGCCAACUUUAGAUUAAAUGAGCAGAUUAUUUUGUUUGUUUAUUAAAACAACUUAAACUUAUAAGUAUUUUGUCCCUUUAUAGAUAUAUUUUAAUCUAUUCUAUACAUAUUUUCUAGAAACAUUUUGCUUUUUACAAUUUUCUGUAAUUUUGGGUUAGGGAAUGAUAACACCCUUUGAAUUGAAAACUUAAUAAAGUCAAUAUUUAUCGAUUUACCAACUUUCAGCUGAUAAGGAUAAAGGAAGAGAGUUAAAAUGUUUUCAUCAAACAUGUUGAUUAAUCGGUUCAACCCUUGAACAUUGUGAGACAUUUUUUACAUACAUGUAUUAUAACUUAUGUAUCCAUGUCUGGACUGCAUUGGAACUAAGUCUUUUAAAUGAUUCUAUUUGAAGAACAAUGUCGGAUGAUUUUUGUGUUAUGAUGGAGUUGAAAACAUAUUUUCACAGAUCCAGAGAUGAGAUGGAGGCAAGUGACAAUCUGCUUACUACCUUCGCUCAAAAGAACAAAAAACGUUGCUUUAUUUGUAGCUGUAAGCUAGAAUUAGCCCAGCGAACUAUAGGUAGAUGUCGGUGUGGUAAGUAGACAAAAUUUGAAGUCCAUCAUUUUCCAUAAUAUGUUAAGUAUCUUGUUGAAAUAAGUUAGCUAACAAUCACUUUUAAAAUUUGAUUUUAAAAAUAUUUUGUAUUAAGAGGAAAGGGAUAUUAUUUCAAAAUAAUAUUUUAAAAUUUGGAAUUAUUUCUAUUUCAGAUCGCAUAUUUUGUGCUCUACAUAGACUUCCUGAACUUCAUGACUGUGACUUUAACCAUAAAGAAGAUGGACGAAGGGAAGCCCGAGAAAAAAUGAUUAAACCCACACGACAUCUUGGGCCUUCUUAUCGAAGAGAAGAUCACUUGUGAUACCAAUUUGAAAGACUACCAGAAUGUUGCAACAUUUUUAUCUGAUAGAUCCUAUUGAAUUAUUUGAUAUUUUUGAGCAUUGCUUUUAGCAGGGGAGAUUAAACAAUUUGUAUCUUUCUUGCCAAAAGUCUGAUCAUUACCAUAUUUUGGUAAUCUUUAAAAAAAAUUAAAAUAAAUUAAAUCUGAUUAUUUAUUAUUAAUUUUUUUUUUUUUUUAAUUAGCAAAUGUAUCUGCAUAAAAGUGAUGUUUUAGACCCAAAUGCUACUAGCAUAAAUAUUGCUGCUGAUUGGAACAUCAUCUUUUAUUUUUAUGUUCAUAUUCUUUUGCAAAGUUUGAUAUUUAUGGCUGAGUGGUUCUUGUUUGUUGAAGUGAAAAUGUUUGCUUAUAGGUUUUUUUUUGUUUGAAAUAUGGUUUAUUAAUGAGUUAAGAAAUAUUUUUUAAAAAAGCUUAAGUUUUUUAAAAAUAAAUUAGUCUCUUUUUAUCAGUUCAAGAAAAUAUAAAGGUUGUCUUACAUUGAGCUCUCUUUUUUUUUUUUUUUUCAAGGUUAUUAAUUUAUUAAUUAUGCAUGUAUUUAUUAUCCACUGAAAUAACUGUAAAAGAUAAUAAAAGCAUUACAUUUUUUUUUUUUUUUUUUUUUAAUAAAAUAUUAAUGUUUUUUUUUUUUGUGUUUUUUUUUUUUUUUUUUUUUUCAAGGUUAUUAAUUUAUUAAUUAUGCAUGUAUUUAUUAUCCACUGAAAUAACUGUAAAAGAUAAUAAAAGCAUUACCUUUUUCGUGGACUAUACAGUUUAAAAUUUAAAAGAUGUGAAUUUGAAUUGAAAUCUUAAAAGUGCAUUAUGGCUAGUCAAGUUCAAGGGCUGAUUAUUAUGAUUUUUUGGGUCACUUUUAGUUAUUUUUAAAAAAGUAUUACUUUAAUGGUAAAUUUGAAAAUGCUAUAAUCAUUAACCGUGGUGAUGUGACUGUGCAUUUCUAAUGUAAAUAUAUAUAUUGUAGAGCUUAGAGGAGAUAUAUAGAAUAUUGAUGAAAUGAUCAGUAAUAGAUUUUUCAUCUUCUUCAAAGACAAGCUCAACACAGAUAUAAAUUUCUGGUGUUUUCAUCACAUUCGUCAACCAUGAUAAACCAUCAUAAAUUUUGAAGAAGAUGGAAAUGGUACUCAUAAUUAUGCAAUAAUUACGGAAUGCAAAAAUGUAUUCAGAAUAUCAGGAAAAUUAAUUUUUGGGUAAUAGUUUCCUGUUGGUAAUCUAACCACUUUGUGGCAUUUGCAUGACUUACUAGUGUUAGCAGUUUUGGUGGUUGAUAAAAAUGCUUUUUGUGCAUACAUAUUUUACUUGAGAAAUAUUUAGCUG